GAACUCAGUUAUGGCCAUCAACAUUCUCCAGUAGCCAACUUCUCUUAGAAAAUCGAUGCUAAGACGCGCUCUAGUCUGAUAUGUCAAAGUACAAUCACUUCAAGAACCUAUUCUCUAACCCCAAAAGCUCGUCUGGUAGUAGGGAACGACAGAAACAAUGGGUAAACACGUUAGGCAAUCCGGUUUGUUUCUUCUUCUUCCGUUUUCGCUUUAGAUGUAAGGUUGAUGUUGUGCAUUGUAUUAGAUAUGCAAAUACUGUGCUCAGGACCCAGUAA